AGAUUGGCGCCGGCGCGCCAGCUGAUCCAUUCAUUGAUUCUUUCUGCUGAACCAGUUCAACUAAAACGUUCAAUCGACAAUGUCUAGACGCAGUGGUCGCCUCACAUUGCAAGCAAGAGAUGAAAACGCACCAGAACAAAACAGGGUCACAAGGAAAAGAAAGUCCCAGCCAUCCAAAAAGAUGCCAUCCGCAACGAAGAAACAAAGCUAUGAAAUACAGAAUCCGUGGUCGAAGGAGGGAGCCAGCCCAUGUGCCCUUGUUGAAACGCCACACAAAGAGCUAGAACCAACGGCUGACCUGUCUGGCUUCAAGCAGUUUAGGUUCAAGAAUAUCUUCAUCAAGCCAUCACCUCUACCUUGUCUCAGCUGGGCCAGUUCUGACGACAUGUGGAUCAAGAUGCUGAACAAGGACCUGAAGUAUGUUCACGACAAAGACUAUCUUCUGCAGCACCCCAACCUGCAGCUCAAGAUGAGAGCCAUUCUACUCGACUGGCUCUUUGAGGUGAGUGAGGUGUAUUGCCUGCAUAGGCAGACUGCCUACCUAGCUCAGGACUUCUUCGACCGCUUCAUGGUGACGCAGGAGAACGUGGACAAGGACUGCUUGCAGCUCAUAGGCAUCACCGCCCUCUUCAUCGCCUCGAAGAUUGAGGAGAUCUACCCGCCAAAGGUCCACGAAUUCGCUUACGUCACAGACGGAGCCUGCGACAUGUACGACAUCCUCAAGAUGGAACUUGUCAUGUUGAAGGGGCUGAACUGGAACCUGUGCCCUGAGACAGCCGUGUCGUGGCUGAAACUUUACUCUCAGGUGGAGGCCCAGAAGGACGGCACCAACUUCCUGGUCCCACAUUUCUCCCGGGAGACCUACAUACAGAUGACCCAGCUGUUGGACCUGUGCAUUCUGGACAUCAACUCCCUGGACUACACGUAUGGAAUACUGGCUGCAGCAGCCUUCUGCCACUUCGUCUCGUAUGAGGUGGUCCACAAAGUGUCAGGAGUGACAUGGGACAGUGUAGCGCCCUGCGUUCAGUGGAUGAGCCCCUUCAUGGACACUGUUCGGGCCCUGCCCCGAGUCGAGCUCAAGAGCUUUGACAAGGUGAAGCCAGAGGAUCUUCACAACAUCCAGACCCACGCGGACUACCUCUCCAUGCUGAACGACGCUCACCAUAGGCAGCAGGACAGCAAAGACAGACUCUCACCGGUUGGGAUUGGUGGAAUUCUAACCCCGCCCAAAAGCACAGAAAAACCAACCAGUCACUGAAGUGCAAGGAGCUGCAAGCGUCCACUUGUGCCAAAGGUUCAACCAACCAACUAGAGGAGGAGGGGGGGGAGGGGGACGGGGACAGUCCAAUCGCUAUGCUGGUGCCUGAACAACCAGAUACUGAGAUAUCUCAGAAACCCCUACCCACAAUCCAUACCUGACCAAUCGGAUAAUGGGAUGACUUGUAUCUCAAUGAGUUUUCUGCUUUGUACCAAGCUGUAUAUCAGACUAUAUGCAGUACUUUCAUCCAGGAGUUUUAUUUUAUGCUUUUUUUACAGGCAAAAAUAUGGAUAUAUAUAUAUAUUGUGAUACAAUGGAGUCAUGGCUCUGCAUGUGAACUUGAAUCAGGGAUUGGUUUGAGUUGACUAAACGAGUCGAUUCAGGAAUACCUGUUGUCACUUGAAGCUGAAAAUCCUGAGGUAUUUAAUCAUUUUAAUUUUAUUUCAAGGUCUCUGAAACCAAGGUUUGUUAGUUUAAAGUGAAAUGGUACUACACCAAAGUCUGUUUCUCAGGCGUGUUGUGCUGUAGAGCAGAGGUUUCCAUAUGCCUUGAAAAGGCUCCGCAAUACAAUAUGACUUAAUGAAGUCUUGGUGCUAGCUGUGUAAUAAUGGCUGUCUAAGCCAUGUGAAUGUCCUGAACAGUUUACCAUCAACACUUUGCAACCUUGCUGAACACACAAGGUUUUGAGCAUACCCCGAACAUUUAACUGACUCACUUGUUCUCAUGUCACUGUUCCAACAGUGUUGUUACAUUCCUGAAAAACUUGACUCGUGUAGGUGGAAUUCUGAAACCAACCUACUUGUGGAUCAUUUUAUCUUAUGAACCUUGAUGUGUUUAUACUACAUAUGCCUUAGUAUUAAAAUGUUGUCUGUUAAGCAUAAAAAAUUCAUACUGUAGGCAUACUGUAAGUCUGUAGCUAU